GCAAACAUAAGAAUCGCCCCCAAAAACACACACACAAACAUCAAACAUAUAAUGUGCGACACCCUCAACAACGACUACCACCUCUGCGAAGAGCUCGGCCGCGGCCGCUUCGGCGUCGUCCACCGCUGCUACUCCCCUAUCUCCUCCUCCUCCUUCGCCUGCAAGUCCAUCGCCAAGCGCGACCUCUCCUCCGACCCCACUGACCGCCGCUGCCUCGACCUCGAGCCCAAGAUCCUCCGCCUCCUCUCCGCCUGCCCCAACGUCCUCCGCCUCCACGACGUCUACGACAACGACGAAUAUCUCCACAUCGUCACCGACCUCUGCGACGGCGGCGACCUCUACGACCGCCUCUCCUCCUCCUCCCCCCGCUUCUCCGAGCGCGACGCCGCCAGGGUCAUCUCCCAGCUCAUGUCCGCCGUCGCCUUCUGCCACCGCGCCGGCGUCGCCCACCGCGACAUCAAGCCAGACAACAUCCUAUUCGACUCGCGCGGCGGGCUCAAGCUCGCCGACUUCGGCUCCGCGGAGGUGUUCGGGGCGGAGGAGAUGAGCGGCGUCGUCGGGACGCCGUACUACGUGGCGCCGGAGGUGCUGAUGGGCGGGAAUUACGACGAGAAGGUCGAUGUCUGGAGCGCCGGCGUCAUCCUCUACAUGAUGCUCGCCGGCGUCCCCCCUUUCUACGGCGAAGGCCCCGUCGAGAUCUUUGAGGCCGUGCUGCGGGAGAGGCUGAGGUUUCCGACGAAACUUUUCCGGUCGGUCUCGACGGAGGCGAAAGAUCUGCUGAGGAAGAUGAUCUGCAAAGACGCCUACCGGAGAUUCUCCGCUGAGCAAGUUCUCAGCCAUCCAUGGAUGAUGAAUGGAGGAGAGAUGGAGGUUUAGUUGAAGCAGAAAUGGUAUGUAGAGGUGAUAUCUUAUCACAGGCCGGUGAACCGCAGAGGAUGGUGUCAAAAAUUGGGGGAAGAAGAUACAGCUAUGCUUCGAUAAUUAAAAAAAAAGAAAAAGAAAAAGAAACAACAUGGUCCGUGUAUGUGGACCGUUGGAUCUGAUGUUGGUGAGGUUUUAGCGACUAAGAUGUCAAAUUUGGGAGUGGUUUUAAUCGUGUUAUUGAACACGAAGUCGAUAUAGAAUGACCAUGAAUCAAAUAACCCAAGUUUAGGUGUUUGUUAGUUUGAUAUCCAUAUUAAGGGGCGAUGAAGAAUAGAAGGAUGUAAAUGUCCUCAAACAUACUCCUCUCCUACUAGAUUAUGUUGUACAUUAUAUUAAUAUAAAUAUAUGACUCUCGGUGUGCUACUA